AUGAGAAUCUACUCGUGCCACUUUUGUUCGUCGCCGGUAUACCCUGGUAAAGGUAUCAUGUUUGUCAGAAACGAUGCUAAAGAGUUUCGUUUCUGUCGUUCCAAAUGUCACAAAGCAUUCAAACAGAGAAGAAACCCUAGAAAAUUGAGAUGGACAAAGGCAUUCAGAAAGGCUGCUGGAAAGGAGUUGGUUGUGGACUCUACAUUGACUUUCGCUGCCAGAAGAAACGUUCCAGUCAGAUACAACAGAGAACUAGUUGCCACUACGUUGAAGGCCAUGUCCAGAAUUGAAGAGAUCAGACAGAAGAGAGAAAGAGCCUUCUACAAGAACAGAAUGAGAGGUAACAAGGAGAGAGAAUUGGCCUUGGACCGUAAGUUGGUUGAACAGAACCCAGAAUUGUUGAGAAUGAGAGAGGUUGAGUUGAAGAGAAAGGAAGAGAAGUUGAAUAGAGCCUCUGAAAGCAUGGAAGAAGACGAUGAAGAUAUGAUGUCUGUGGAAUCUGAAUCUGAAUCCGAAUCCGAGGCUGAAAGCGUGAAGCAAAAGGUUGUCUUGAAGGCGAAGAGAAAGGUCAGAGCUUAA